UUCUUCCUCUUUCUCCUCCUCCUCCUCUUCCUCAAGCCUUCCUCGCUCGCCGGCUUGUGGCUGCUUGCUAUCGCGCCUGAAGGGCUUCAUCUCCCUGGGCAGAGGAAGGCGCUGGCCGGUUGGCCGGUCUGCAGGUUCGCCGCUACCUCCAUGAUCCGGAUCCGGAACUGACAUUCCUAACAUCCGAACCUGGCACCGCCACAGGACUGCAAUCCAUUUAUAUGACAACAGAGACUGCUUCGGCAGGGGGAUUGAAAAGUGCAAUGGAGAGUGACUCCAAGAGAACCAAUCAGGUUCCAGAGGACCACAGGGAUGCGGACGAAAGCUCAGAGAAAACCCCCAGCAAGGCUUCCAAAUCCCCCCAGAAGAGCAACAAGAGGCCUAAGACGAUCCCUGUCAAAGUCACUCUGCUUGACGGCUCUGACUAUGAGACUGCAGUGGAGAAAUUUGCCAAAGGCCAAACACUGCUGGACAUGGUGUGUGGCCAUCUGAACCUGCUGGAGAGGGACUAUUUUGGCCUGACGUUCCAGGACCCCGACAGCACCAAGAAUUGGCUGGAUCCUUCCAAGGAGAUUAAAAAGCAAAUUCGGGUUGGCUCCUGGAUUUUGGGAUUCUCUGUUAAGUUCUACCCUCCUGAUCCAUCUGUGCUCAUUGAAGACAUCACCAGGUACUACUUGUGCCUGCAGUUAAGGGAUGACAUCCUAUCUGGCCGUCUGCCCUGUUCUUUUGUUACCCAUGCCCUUUUGGGCUCCUACACUGUUCAAGCUGAACUGGGAGAUUAUGAGCCAGAGGAUCAUGGGCCAGAUUACAUCGCCGACUUCCGUUUUGCCCCUAACCAGACCCGAGAGCUGGAGGAGAGAGUGAUGGAGCUUCAUCGUAACUAUAGGGGAAUGAGUCCAGCAGAAGCAGAAGUGAACUUUCUGGAAAAUGCCAAGAAGCUGUCAAUGUAUGGGGUGGACCUACAUCAUGCAAAGGAUUCUGAGGGGAUUGACAUAAUGCUUGGCGUGAGCGCCAACGGUCUGCUCAUUUAUCGAGACCGCCUAAGGAUCAACCGUUUCGCCUGGCCAAAGAUCCUCAAGAUCUCCUAUAAGAGGAGCAACUUCUACAUUAAGAUCCGCCCUGGAGAGUAUGAACAGUUUGAGAGCACCAUUGGCUUCAAGUUGCCCAACCAUCGGGCCUCGAAGCGCCUUUGGAAGGUUUGCAUUGAGCACCACACCUUCUUCAGGUUGGUUUCUCCAGAGCCACCUCCAAAGGGCUUCCUGGUGAUAGGCUCCAAGUUCCGCUACAGUGGAAGAACUCAAGCCCAAACCAGACAGGCCAGUGCUCUGAUUGACAGGCCUGCACCUCAGUUUGAUCGCUCGGUUAGCAAGAGAUACCUGCUGUCCCGAAGUAUUGAUGGGGCUUCAGCUUUAGGUAACAGUAUGGAUCAGUUGUCUCAGCGAAGCUUGAGUGAGCGCACCCAGUUCAUGUCCAGAGAAGAUCUCGAUCAAGAAGGAAGCCUGGACCUAGACCAUUAUGACUAUCCAGACCAAGACCAGGAUCAUGACACCGACCAGGACUUGGACCUUCACCAUGGCCUAGAGCACAUUCGUGGUGACAGCAUCUCAACAUCUGCUAAGCCUUUGGAGUUCAAGGCUGAGGAGGCAGCCUCGCCUGUAGACUCAAAACCAGAGUCGGACAAGGAUCUGGCCACGGCUCGGCCCAAACAGGAGCAGUUUUUGGACAAGCCUGAAGAUGUUCUGCAGAAACACCAAGCCAGCAUCAAUGAGCUGAAGAGGGCUUUGAGACAGCCCAAUAGCAAGGUGACUCAGAGGGAGAAACGGGUCUGCUCAGCAACUCCUCCUGGAGGAACACCAGAGCGGAAACCAGCGACUGGUGAUGCCAAAUUGAUUGACAAGCAGGAUGCUAAUGGACGAGCACUGGAUUAUGACUCGAAUGUGGCUAGAGACACUUUGACGGUUACCCAUUGGACUGGGGAAAAUGGAACAACAUGGGACACGAUGACAUCUCCAAUUGGAAUAUUUCCUAAAAAUGAUUUGAGAUCAACUGAUAUAAACUCUGUGGAUGCUCCUCUGGCUACUAACGUUGGCUAUGAUUCCGUAUUAACAAGGAGCUCCAUUCAUGAAAAUGGACAUGGCUCCCCAAAGGAAAAACAAAGGAAUGGGACAAAGAGCAUCGACGUGAAGCUUUGCCAAUAUGAGAAAAGCAUGCAUCAAGUGCAAACAAAGAACUUUGCUGCCUCCUUGGAGGCUCUGGAUCCAGUCUCAAAGGGAAGACGUGAAAGGCAGAAAAUUGAAGGCCAGAGCCCUCUGGAUUUGCAGAGAGAUUGCACCAAAACUCUGAAUUCUGAAGUUGCCAAAGUUAUUCCUCUCAAGCCACAGAGAUCCAAAAAAUAUUUUAAUAAAGACAACAAAGGUGGUGUGAACCCUCAAAUCCAGUCCGAGUGGAGCGUUGCUGGGGAUGCAGCAAUGAUACAAUCAAAAGGCGAAUCCCGUGAGACAACAAGGAGAGUAGAGGAGAACGAUAGACUGCAGUCUUCCAUAGGUGAAGUCCCUAAAGACUCAGCAUCUAAAAAAUACCAGAGUGGUGCUGGACCACCACAUCAACAAGACUUCAAACAACUCAGGGAUGCGACAAGUCCAACGCCAAGAGGUGGCGAGCAACAGGAAGAUGCUCAGAAUAAUGCAGACUUGAAAGAGAGUGUCCUCUCUAGGUCCACGUUCCCUACAGUUCCCCCACGGACACUUCCUCUGAAAAAACAGUGGUCCAGAGACCGACAUAGCAACACAGACUGCAGCCACAUCCACUUCAGAACCAACCAAGACACCACAAAGAGGAAGCAAGCGGAGACCCCUCUGACACCUGCCAUUCAUGAGGAACCACUCAGUGAUUCCUCGCGGGAACCUUGGGAGAGACGCCUAGGCUCAGCUUCGGAAGACGAUCAAGAUCAUGAGCUCCCGUAUCUAAAGGAAACCCACCUGGGCAUUGAGCGCAAAUGUUCCAGCAUCACAGUCAGCUCCACGUCCAGCCUGGAGGCCGAGGUCGACUUCACCGUCCUCACAGACCUGCACACGGGCAUGGAGGAGUUCUCCCGGGGGAUGUCAGAGCUGGGCGAGCGGGACCUGUCACCUGAUGGGGGUCUGCGCUUCGGGAUCGACUUCCUCCUGCAGCAAGGCCCCUCGGAGCUGCCACCACCUCCUUUGGUAGCUGCUCCUUCUUUGUCCAAAGGAGCGAGUAGCAGUCCUCCAGCCAAGCAUAUCCAGACUGAAGAUGUGCGGACAGAAGCUAAAAGGCCUGAUGUGCAGCCCAUAGUGCCUAAAAAGCCAAAGAGGUCGGUGCCAGUAUCAUCUUCGGUGGACAGGGACUCAUCGCACAGUCGGGCCAGUAGUGCCGCACCUCUGAGCCGGGAAGCCAGUGAUGUCAUGGCUUCAGCCACAGUCAAGAAGAGUGACGUCCUGACGGAGACACAGCCCAAUGGGUCAGAGGUCACGACAACUAUAGUGGAGUUCACAGAUCAAGACCACUGUAUCACAAGUCUGAGUGACAUGUCUUACUGUACGAGACAGAGUGUCUCCCCUGUGCAUAUGGGCAGUCUUGGAAGAGAAGCGUCAGGGUCGCCCAUCUUCGUCACUGAAAAUGUUACCUCUGCAACCACACAGGUCACCAAGACGGUGAAAGGAGGCUACUCAGAGACCAGGAUUGAGAAGAGGAUCAUCAUCACAGGAGAUGAUGAUGUGGACCAGGAACAGGCUCUGGCCAUCGCAAUCCAAGAAGCCAGGCAACAGCAUCCAGACAUGCAGGUGACCAAGGCGGUUGUUGUCAGGGAAACAGAAUCAACCGCUGAGGAGCGACACACAUCAGUGUCGUGAUUUCCUGAGAUGAGAGCGGCCAAGAUGUGACUCAUCAUCCCCACUGGCACACGCCACAAUGGACACAGGACUCCCAUUUCAAAUCGAAUUUCUUAUAUUUUAUUUCCUUUCACCUUUAUUUAAACCAUUCAAAUGAUGCAAAAUGCUUUGGAUGCUGCCAGCAAAGAUUAGUGGACAACUUUCCCCAAACACUCUUAACGAUGUUCUGUUUUGUGUUAUAUUGAAAGAGGAAAAAGUGCAGUUUUUAAUCCAAAAGUGCCACAGUGGCAGUGUCAUGUUGAAAAAAAGAUGAGGAAAUGGUCAAGUAGAGUAGAAUGCCUCCUGCUGUGUAUUCUUCUUAAUUAGUUAUUCAUAAAAUAACCUUUAUUACUACUCAAGUUGAUACAUAUGUCCUUCUUCCAUUGCACUGCUGCUGAGAAUAGACGUAAAUAGAAAAGAACAACAGCGCCCUCUGGCGGUGGGUUUAAGGUAUAAAAGUCUGAGCUGUAGUACAGUAGUCUUGUCAGCAUUCAUCCGCUCUUAGUGUCUCAUGUUUUGGAUUUGCUGUAAAUGUAUGUGGAUGAAUGUGCAAGGUCAUGGAUUGUACACUUGAACUCUUUCUGCCUUUUUUCUGAGCUGCUAAUACACUUCCUGUGCAAAAUGGUCACAAAGUAGUGCAGCAUGUUAAUGUGUUUCAAAUGGGCCCUUUCCUCCUUUCCAAGCGUAAAGAAUCCAACUGCAUAUUUGUGUAGUAAGUAGAAUAGGCUCACUGGGCUGCUGUAACAGUACAAUUUGUAUUGUAAAUCAUGUUUGCAUGACAGUUCCUUGCAUUAAUGUUGCGUAAGAUGGAUUUGAGCCCAAUGAGGAUGACAAUUCAUUGUUUGUAAUAAUUAAGAAGCAAAGUAACAAACACCAAAGCACACGUUAAUCAUAAUUGCAAUCCAGAUCAGACGUAUAAGAGAGGAAAUUAAGCUUCCUGACAGCAAACGAAGAGGGCUCACCAAAAUAAAGAUAGGAAAUAUGACUUAGCCAGUGUAUGUAAUGUAGUUAAUCCCUAAAAUCCAUUGAUUGUAGCGGUAACAUGCACUUCCCACCACUACAACUGAACUUGGCCUGUAUGUUUGUACAAUAAGCCUGCUUUAAAAAGAAACACACAUUUCUCCACUGCAGAUUUUUUGUAUAUUUACUGUUUAUUUCAUUGUCAUAGCAGCUGACUAUUUAUGUUGCAAUGUACCACCAGUCAAGUGUGGUAUUUUUAAUUUUAACACUGCAGUUGGCCGAUUUUGUAAAUGAGAUGUGCGAAGUUUGCAGCAACUAGAGAUUUUAAGUACUGAAGUGCCCGAGUGUCCAAAACUUGAAACGGUGUCAUGAUGUCGCCCUAUUCUGUGAGAACUGUUGAAAAAAUGUCAAAUUUAUGGAGAUAUGGGAGGUAUUCAACAUUUACAUGUGUAGUGUAGCUUUGUUGUGUUUUAUAUGGAUCAUGGAACAUGGGAGAAAACCGUGCAUACAUUGUAGCUACUGUAGGUUUGGUGCCAGAUGUAAGGUAGUUCAAUAACGGCCAUGGUUGAUGGACACUAGGGGGCGUCAGUUAACUAACAGGAAGAUUGCUUUGCAUCACCACAGCAGUAUCUUUUGUUACCUAACAUCCAUCACUACAAUGGGACAGAUACAACUGAACUCAUCCCUUUAUCUUCCUGCAAACAACACAGAAAAGUGUUUGCCGUACCUGGCCGAGGCUGCCACGCCACCAGGUGCUGGGAACUAUUGGACUUGACUUUGGGUCCAGCUGACCCUUAUAGUUUGACACUUAAACAAGGUCCUAAGUCUCUCUCCUGCACUGCUUCUCUCUGUCGCGUCGUGCUGUGUCUUUGCUGUACAUUGUACUUGCAUUCCUUUGAAAUGAAUAAAAAAACAAGACACAAGGUUA